UGCACGUGCACAUCAAGAAAACAAAAAUUGAAUUGGAUGAUGCAGCAGCAACCACAACCACAUGUUCUUACAUUCACUGGAAGAGAACAUCGAUUUCUAGCUUCAUUUUUGAUGAUUUUUUAUAUUUGAAGACGAAAAUGCCAUCUUUAGACGUACAAGAAAGAAUCAAGCAUUCAGAGCCGAGUUUAGAGUAUGUAAGCAUCGGCUGUAACAGAACCUUGCAUGCACUUUCAUGGGGUAGAAAUGAUGUGAUUGCGUUUGGCGCCGGGAAUUCUGUUGCUAUUUACGAAACAAAGCCUAUAGAGUCUGCUGGAAAAAUCAGUUAUUUGUUAAACAGGCAUACAGACAAAGUCAGUUGUGUCUCCUGGCUUUAUAGAACUGAUGGAGCCAUUGCAGGCCUUGUAUCAGGGUCUGUUGAUAAAUCAAUUAGCGUUUGGGAGCAAACAGAUAACCAUUUGGAGUUUUCACAGCAGCUAGAAGGGCACAAGAGUUCUGUUCAUGCGUUAGCUUCAGUUUCGUUUACAACAGAUGAGAAUGGGAAGGACAUAAGCAUAAUUGCCUCUGCUGCUGCUGAUUCUAAUGUUAUUAUCUGGAGAAAAUUUGAAAAUAAUGAUUAUGAGAAGAUGCAAGAAUUAAUGUUUGGUAAUGGCUUCGCAUUAUCAUUGGCAAUGACUCUGCUGCCCAAGAGUAACACACCGCUUUUAGCUUGUGGCUGUGUUGAUUCAAAAAUCCAUCUACACUCUUGGCACAUUGAGAAGUUCAAUGAAGUGGAGACCUUGCACGGCCACGAAGACUGGAUACAAACAAUCGAUUUUUCAUCACCUGUUGGGAAUGACGUCUUCAUUGCAUCCGGCUCUAAAGAUGCAUUUAUACGAAUAUGGAAGAUCUCGUUAAAGGAGGGCCUUGUGGAAAAGACUGAUGAACUAAAACUUGAGGAGCAGAAGUUCUCAUGCGGAAAACAAGAAUAUACCAUAGUGCUUGAGUCAGUAGUUUCUGGACAUGAUGGCUGGGUGAACGGUGUUCGAUGGAAAAAGGCUUUCGUCGAAGAUGGAAAAUUGUCCCAGCCAAUGGUGGUUCUUUCUGCAAGCAUGGAUAAGACCAUGAUGCUUUGGGAGCUUGACAAUGAAUCUGGAGUAUGGCUUGAUACGGCCCGAAUGGGUGAAGUUGGUGGAAACACCUUGGGAUUCUAUGGCUGCGAUUUUGGUCCAGACGGGGAACAUGUCAUCUCCCACGGAUUUCAAGGGGCCUUUCAUUUAUGGAAAAAUUCUGGAAGUCAACAAUGGAGGCCCGAGGUAACUGUGAGCGGCCAUUUUGGACCAGCACAGGAUUUUGAGUGGGAUCCAGUAAACAGUGAGUUUCUGAUCAGCGUCGGCUUGGAUCAAACCGCACGUCUUCAUGCUCCCUGGAGACAAAAAGACAAACAGUUGACUUGGCAUGAAGUAGCAAGACCCCAAGUGCAUGGGUAUGACAUGCAGUGCAUCGCAUGCAUUGAUAGAAGCACAUACGUUUCAGGGUCUGAGGAAAAGGUAAUUCGUGCAUUCCGAGCGCCGAAGAGUUUUUUUGAUAGCCUCUCAGCGAUAUCGAGAGUCAGUUAUGACAGUGAGGACACAAAAGCGUUGCCAGUUGGAGCCAGUAUACCUGCACUCGGGUUAUCAAACAAAGCUGUGUUUAAAAGUGAUUUGGAAAACUGGAAAGAUGAAAGUGGGGGCAAAAGUCAGCCAAUGAAAGCCUCGACAUUUGCCUCUGAAGAUCCCGCUCCGUAUACUCCUAUUACGAUUUCAGCUCCACCUCCAGAAGACAUAUUGCUGCAAAAUACCCUUUGGCCAGAGGUUCACAAACUGUAUGGUCAUGGAUUUGAAAUAUUCUGCUUAGCAUGCAAUCGUCAAGGGACUGUGCUGGCAUCUGCUUGUAAGGCAUCGAAAGCUGAAUAUGCAAACAUAUUAUUAUGGGAUACAAAAACCUGGAAGCAAAUUGGAAGUCUGGACGCCCAUUCACUAACGGUUACUCAGCUGUCAUUUUCAAAUAACGGUGAUUGGUUGCUAUCUGUGUCACGUGAUAGGACAUGGGCACUAUUUCGGAAGAACAACGAUGAGAGUGGCCCACCAUACUCACUUGUGCAGAAGACAGACAAGAAUACCUGUCUGCACACAAGAAUAAUUUGGUCUUGCUGCUGGAUGCAUGAUGAUAAGUACUUUGUCACUGCUUCACGGGACAAAAAGGUCAUUGCCUGGGGGGAGGGAACAGAAAAUCAAGGUGCCUGGGAGGCUGCCUCGAAGCCGCUUGACGUUGAAGAGCCUGCCACUGCUGUGAGUGUAUCACCCUAUCGACCAAAAGAUACAAGCUAUGUGAUUGCAGUUGGAAAAGAGAGCGGCUUAAUUAGCCUGCUGACGUGGAGUGCUUCCAGCGGUCAAUGGAACCACAUUUCAAAUCUUAGUAAAUCCUUGUGUCCCACAAUGGCUGUUCGAAGGCUGCGAUGGAACCGACAUUUAUUGCCACCUGCCGAAGAAAACAACGAGAACUUUCAUCUUCAGCUAGCUGCAUGCAGUAAUGACUCAAGUCUGCGAAUUUUGAAUAUUCCUGUUUCAAUGUUGGGUCAAUUGUCAAAAUUUAUGUAAAUAUAUAUUUAGUUAUUGGAAGUAUUCGUCAGAAUUUUUACCAUUCAGUAGCAGCAAAAUGAUAUUAUAAGGAGGAAUAAGAUUUUCCUCCUGUUCGCAAUUGUGAAAAGAAACCUGGACAUGUCAAAGUAAAA